GGGCCGGGGCUGAGCGGAGCAGCGGCCCUGCUGCCCCCCGCAGCAGUGGGGCUGGGGGCCCGCGGCCCCGCGCUGCCGCUCUCCUUUUCCAGCCGGAGCGGAGAUGCUGCUGGUCCGCAGCCGCCUGGGGCUGCUGCUUCUCGGGGCGCUCCUCACCUUCCUCCUGUACCUUCUCCUCCCGGCCGCCCGGCACGGGCAGCGCUCCCGGCCUGACGAGGGGCAGCGGGGCCGGCGGGCGGCCAACGGCACGGCGAGGACGGGGAUGGCUGCGGGAGAGCCCCCCGUCUUCUACAGGGAGGUUCCCGCAGGAACUGCCGGCCCUGGGAGGCCCGAUGUCCUGUUCCUGCAUGGCCAGGCGUUCACCUCCAAGAGGUGGGAGGCCUUGGGCACGCUGGCGCUGCUCGCUGGAGAAGGCUACCGUGCAGUCGCAAUAGAUCUGCCUGGCUAUGGGGAUUCGCCCCCGGUGGAGACGGUGGUGACGGCACAGGGCAGAGUGGCUUUCCUGGACCGUGUUCUCCAGGAGUUGGGCAUGCGGAGGCCCGUUCUUGUGAGCCCCUCCAUGAGUGGCCGCUUUUCCCUGCCCUUCCUGCUGGAGCAGGGGGAUCGGCUUUCUGGCUUUGUGCCCAUUGCGCCUGUGGGCACCAAGGACUACACUGCUGAGCAGUACCGGCGGGUCCAGACGCCCACCCUGAUCCUGUAUGGUGACCGUGACACAGGUCUGGCUCCCCAGGCCCUGCAGAACCUCCAGCACCUCCCUGAGCACCAUGUAGUCGCCCUGCCUGGUGCUGGCCAUGCCUGCUACCUGGACAAGCCUGAGGACUUCCACCGGGCCCUGCUGGGCUUCCUGCGCCAGCUGAAGUGAGCACCGCCUCCUCCCUGCUGAGCAGAGGACAGGAGCUGGGGCAUCGGAGGGACUGGGAGGCACUGUGAGAAGUGCUGCUGCCUGUUGGGGUGUCCCCAGGGUGGCGGGGGUGGGGACUCGAGGUGUCCCUCGCUGGCAGGACAGAGUGUCGCCUGUCACGAGGCCAAUAAACUGAUGCUGCUCUGUU